AUACCAGACGACCUAUAUCAGUGUUACACGGUAACAACAUGGAUGUGUAUUUCUCUCUACCAACGUUCAAGUAAUAUUUAUAACGGGAGGUAUGUCUUCAUUGCUGAUCUUGGCGGCGGCCGUGGUGGUCAGUGUGCAGUGCACUUAUUAUGGCCUGGAUAAAACAGUGUGUUCGCCGGUAGUCCAGAAAAUGAUUGCCCCGCCCCCUGCCAUCACGACCGGCAAACUGUACUCCGUGAACAUAGACUGGCGGGAACUCAUCAGCCAGCGGACGUACAACGUCAGAGAGUACUACGACGAUGAACGGAAGCUAAGCAGUCUCUACAUCCAGAUUCCACCCCAGCAGAACGUCAAGGUCAUCUUUGACUACAACACUGACGUGGCGCUCACCAUCCACCUACCAGACAGUCAAAACGCUAUGGGGACGUGCAGCGUGAGCCGAAUUGGAACGCAGAUGUACCGUUACAACGGCAAGCCGUGGCUCACAUCCAUCAUGCUGCUGUACCGAGCCAUGAUCGCCUCCAAGGACACUCAAUAUGUGGCUAAUUCCACUGUGAAGUUCAUCCGGUCGUACCCCGUCAGCGAAUGGAGUGCCUGCAUGUAUGACUUCUCCAUUGACAUCACCACCAAGACGAAGCUGUUCUUUAUAAACGACACAGGGCAGGUUUGGAUGAGUCCCCAGCUGCCGCCGACCGAUCCCCACCCGGUGCAGAUGAUGCUGCACUCCAAGCGGCACAACAACACCUCGGUACAGGAGUACCAAGUCGUCGGCGAUUUCGUCGACUUCACACCAAUCCCAACAAUCCCCCAAGAUGCAUUCCUGACUCCGCCCGGGAUCUUCUGUCCAGGCCGUCCACUCAUCAGGGAGAUGCCACUCAUCGCUGACCAGUUCUAUAUGCUGAUGGAGGUCAUAGACAUGGACUUACAAGAGAUCACCUUUAUUGAGGUGUGGUUUGACGGCAGCUCCCGCCGAGUACGGCGUGACACCAAAGACUCACUUGGCACCGACCCCAACCCACUUUCUUACAUCUAUAACUUCGAGACAGGUGCGAGGUAUGUGAAGGACAAGUAUCUCGGGACGUGUGAUGUUGAAGUUAUCCGGAGCGGCGAUGAUUAUACGGCUGUCACUGCCGAUAAUCACAUCACUGUAAAAAAUAUCUCGGAGGUGUUCCAUUACGACAACGCGACAAUUCAGUAUGUAGGGGAGAUGACGACCCGAGGCACGCUAUGUGACGUGUGGAUCGGGGUCUACUUUGACAUAGACUCCAACAUCAACGCCACUGUACAGUGGUACUUCACGAAGGAAGGCUGGACACAGGCUGUCGGGACCGUUCUGUCAUCCAACAAUUUCUACCGAAUGGAUUUAUGGAGGGGUGGGUCCACGAACCCCGUCGUCUACAACAUCCUCAAGUACACGCCUGUGGCCCAGCACUGGUCGGCGUUCGACUGCGGCGAGUGUUACAAGUAUAACAGUAAAAUACACUUCGUCGUACAACUCCUCGCUAUGGACAGCUUCACCCAGCACAAAGUGAGCGAGUCCUACUUGUAUGACAAAAUGCAGGAUGAGCUGACUAACCUCAUCUACGAGGAAGCCAACCGAAUGUCGAACCUCCAGCUGGAGUACGACGGCGGGAACUACCUGUACGUGUCCGGCUUGCUGCUGGACAGGACGCCAGUGACCAACACCCAGGUAGAGAACCCCGUGCAGCAGCAUCCCCUGGAUGUAGCCUACAGCUUCUUCAAAGGGACGAUAGAGAACCGGAGACUAGUUCUCAUCACCAAUGUAGAAGGCCAGCCAAUCAGACUUAUGACUCAGAAAAUCCAGCAAAUCUCCUUCCCCGGGGAUUUCACCACAGUGACAACACAGUCCACCCCGACCACGCAGUUUCUCAUCCCCACGUUACCUAAAAACCCACCUGUCCCGUAUCCCACAAGCCAGGAGAAGACUCCAAAACCACUCCUCACGCCAAGCCUCCGAUCUGCGUCUGCCGCCACACACAGGACCGAGGCUCCACCCAGCGUCAAAACAUCUACGACACCACCAAAUACCCCGGGUGUCUGCUCGUGUCCAACAUGUUCUUGUCCUUCGGUCACCUGCCCAACGAGGACGACAACGCCGUGUCCCACCGCGACCACCCAGCGGCCAGUCACAGCCAGUAAAGUCGUCUGCUCGUGUCCAACAUGUUCUUGUCCAACGGUCACCUGCUCAACGAGGGUGACCACGCCGUGUCCGACCGUGACCACUCAGCGGCCAGUCACAGCCAGAGCCAUACCAGGCCCCACCCAGAACCUACAAGCUCCACCCACAGACACAGGAGUGUCAAGUGGUGCUUUGGGGGCUGCUGUCAUUGCAUCUCUGAUCCUGGGAGCAAUUCUGUGUCUCAUGGUGAUUGCAGUCGCCAGCCGUUACAGGGAGCUGCCGUGCAUCGGGCAGCCACAUCUGGACACUGAGACAAUCCCACUGGACAACUACUCCACGUCCUGAUGUGGCACUACUGUUUGAUGUGAUCCCACGGAGUUGGGACUCAACACCCUUGACAAUGCUUAACAUAGUGUUAAUUCCCACCAUGUACAUAACCGCAAGCCCUGAUGUACAUAAGUAUCUUGUUUAUUGAAUGAAAUGUGACACAGUU